AUGGGUCCUCUCCGACUUGUCUGGCGGCAUGCUACUCUUGCAUUACUUACCACCUGCGCCCUGCUCAUAGUAGCGUUUAAUGAGUGGCCAAAGAAGCGCAUUGCCGAAGUGAUUGCUAUGCUGUGGAUCUCACAGUUCAUGGUAUGGGGAAUAUGGUCAACAUUCGUGAGGCCGCACUUUACAUCACCACUACGCCAUCUACCUCAAGGGACUGGCAGUCACUGGCUCCUGGGACAUGGCCGAAAGCUGACAAGUGGCCUACCUGCGGCACCGAUGAGAGAAUGGAUCACCGAGAUGGAACAUGACGGCUUGAUCCGCUACUUUUUCUUUUUCAACCGAGAACGUGUCCUCGUCUGUUCGCCAUCGGCGCUGAAAGAAGUACUAGUCAGCAAAACCUAUGACUUCCCAAAACCCGCUGCCUUGAGAACGAUCCUUGGCCGCACUCUUGGUUCUGGCAUCCUGCUUGCCGAGGGCGACGAGCAUAAAGCGCAGCGCAAGAACCUUAUGCCGGCGUUUCACUCCCGGCACGUCAAGACCCUAUAUCCGAUGUUUUGGAGGAAGGCCUACGAGGUCAUACAUGCCAUGACAGCCGCCUGCAGUCGUGAUUCCGCCGUCUUGGAAGUCAACUCGUGGGCGUCAAGAUGCACGUUGGACAUCAUAGGUUUGGCCAGCACGGGAAUCGAUUUUGGUGCUAUCCAGGAUCAGAAUAGCCCGUUGGCUUUAACGUAUACAUUUCUCUCGAAGCCUUCGCACCAAAGCAAGACGCUACUGGUGUUAGGGAUGUUCUUGCCUGGGUGGAUAUUGAAAUCACUGCCACUGAAGCGAAACAAAGACAUUGAUAAGGCUACGCAGACGAUUCGCAACACAUGUUGCGAUUUGAUUCAGGAAAAGAAGAGGGAAUCCUCCGGUAAGGAGAGGACGAGCCUGGACAUCGUGUCUGUGGCACUCGAGAGCGGGCAUUUCACAGAUGAGCAGCUCGUGGAUCAGGUCAUGACUUUUCUGGCUGCCGGCUACGGCACGACGGCAUCGGCGCUGACCUGGGCCGUGUAUCAGCUGUCAAGAUACCCUGAGGUACAAAGGAGGCUUCGUAAGGAGAUCCGUGAAAGAUUGCAGCCUAUCGAGGUUGGUUUGGACAUUUCCAGCGUCGAAGUCGACGGCAUGUCGUACCUCAAGGCCGUCUGCAGCGAAGUUCUUCGUACUUACAGUCCUGUCCCACAAACCGUACGCGAAGCAGCCUGCGAUACCACGAUACAGGGACAGUUCAUCCCAAAAGGAACACGUAUCACGCUGGCACCCUGGGCCACCAACGUCGACCCCAGGCUCUGGGGCCCAGACGCGGGUGAGUUUAAGCCCGAGCGAUGGCUCUUGUCAGCGAGUGGUGGUGCCAAUGGCAACUACGCUUUCAUGACCUUCCUCCACGGGCCUCGGAGCUGCAUCGGGUCCGUCUUUGCCAAGGCGGAGCUCGCAUGCCUGCUAGCAGCGUGGGUAGGCAGGUUUGAGUUUAACCUGGAGGAUGAGACGCUGAUGGAUGAGAGGAAUCUCAAGUUCCAAACCGCGGUGACCGCGAAGCCCCUGUGCGGUAUGCAUUUGAGAGUGACGGUCGUGGAAGGUUGGUGA